ACUACCAUCUCCAAAAUCCAUUUUUCAGACACAAUACAAUACAACUCAUCUCAAUUUUCGUUAAAAUUUCACUAAAUUGAUUAAAUAUUAAUAACAACAAUAAUUGCUUUUUCGAAUGUUUGUUGGAUCAUCAUCAAUCCACCCUCUCAUUUUUAUCUAUUAAUCUCCUCUUCAAAUCCUCCUCUAUCAUAUAUAUUAUUUCUUCCCCACGAAUUUUUAAAAACCACAAAAAACAUUCCUUAAUAAUUUCCAUACAAAACACAUAUAUAUAAGGAUAAAUUAUAAGACAUGAGCAGUGAGCAAGAAACCGUGAAACUCGACGACGAACAACUGUCCGAGUUACGAGAAAUCUUCAGAUCUUUCGACAGAAACAACGACGGCAGCCUAACACAACUCGAACUAGGUUCAUUAUUACGAUCAUUAGGUCUCACACCGAGCCCUGACCAGCUUGAUGCAUUGAUACAAAAGGCUGAUACGAAUAGCAACGGGCUGAUCGAGUUUUCUGAGUUUGUUGCAUUGGUUGCACCCGAGCUUUUGCCAGCUAAGUCGCCUUACACGGAUGAUCAACUGAAACAGCUGUUUAAGAUGUUUGAUCGUGAUGGGAAUGGUUAUAUUACUGCAGCUGAGUUGGCUCAUUCUAUGGCUAAACUCGGACAUGCGUUGACUGCUGAGGAACUCACUGGGAUGAUUAAGGAAGCCGACACUGAUGGUGAUGGUCGGAUUAAUUUCCAGGAGUUUUGUCGCGCGAUCACUUCUGCUGCUUUUGAUAAUUCCUUUUCUUGAAGUUUUACUUUUUGCUCUUUCCAGCAGGUUCACAUGUGAUCCUUUUAGGGUGGUUUUUGUCGACGAAGAAGCUUAAAUCUCCACACCGUGAUUGAAGACUCGUUUAGUUUUUAUACGUUGCAAAAAGGUUGUUUGUUUCAUUACUAGGCUAGUUUUUUGUGGUUAAGCUUAUUCAGAGAGCUGGUGAUAGAUUAUGUGGUUGAAUUCAUCUGUUUCUGGCUCAUAUUCACUGCUUGUGGUGUUGCCAAUAAGCAAACUUUUGGAACCAUAUCCAUAUAAACUCCCUUUCCCAAUUCCCCAUCAUGAUAUUAUUGGUCUGCAUUUGAGAUAGAAAACUCAUAUAUUUUUGUUUACUAUCAUUUCCGAUUUGUACUGUAGUAAUUUUAACUUUUUACAUGAGAUAAGUGUGUGUA